AUGAAGCGCCUGCCUGUACGCCCCUGUUGCGUCACCGGGGAGGGUUCGUUUUCUGCACUAACAUUUUCGUUUUCAUUGUAUGCAUUACUUGUGCUUUUUGCUUUGUUGUACUGCUGUGACCUGGUGUCCUCCAAGAUCUAUGAGAGGACGACGCGUGAGGUGUUUCUGGAAGGUGGCCGGUGGGUGAGGAAGAGUGAAUGGGAAAAGGGCAGUUGGAAAACCUCCCCCGAGUGGAACGCCGGCUAUGAAUGGUGGGCGUGGUGCAUGGACUCGGUUGCUAAAGAAGCUAAGGGAGAAGUUUGCCGCAAGGAGUGGCUUUCUCAGAGGAAGAAAGGAUACACGCUGGUGCCGAGGACGAAAGUUCCAUUUAGGGAGAAAAAUGGAACGCAGUGGAUGCGCAACGUUCACUCUUUCCGUGUCCCUUCGUUUGUUGAAAUUAGUGGGGUAUUGGUGGGCAUUGCCGACGUACGGUACAUUUCAUCUGCUGACUUCACCUUCACUGAGACAGUUGCCAAGUACAGUGCUGAUGGUGGGGAUACUUGGAAGACUAAAGUCAUCAUUGAGAACAGUCGUGUUAACACUAAUUUUUCCCGAGUUGUAGAUCCCACAGUCGCUGUCAAGGGAAACAAUAUAUUCGUUCUCGUGGGAAGGUACAACACUUCCAGUAAGUAUUGGACGUGGCAACAUUACGGCGAAGACUGGGAUAUACUCAUGUACAAGGGUACUGUCAUCAAAGAGGAAAAGGACGGUAAUGUAACUGCGAGCAUUACAUUUGAGGCUCCCCAGAACCUGAAGUUUCUCUUAGCAACGGUGCCCUCACCAGGUGGGCACCCCCCAUCCCAAUUUCUCGGUGGCGUAGGGAACACUGCUGUAACGCCGGACGGUGCCAUUGUAUUUUCUGUCCAGGUCAAGAAUACUUGGAAUCAGGUUGUGGGAAAACUUUUGUAUUCGACGGAUGAUGGCAAAACAUGGCACUUUUCUGCAGGGGAAACACCGGUCGGUUCAACUGAAUCUUCUGCCGUUUGGUGGAAAGAUAAACUGCUGGUGAAUGCCAGAACAGAUGAGCAUAUAGGUUGCCGCAGGGUAUUUGAAACGAGUGACUUAGGGAAUACAUUAAAGGAAUCCAUCAGGACUCUUUCCCGAGUAAUAGGCAACUCGCCGCUUCGUAACCAGCCUGGUAGUUCAGGAAGUGCUAUUUCCAUAACUGUGGAGGGCAUGGAUGUCAUGCUAAUUUCUCAGCCAAAAAAUACGAAGGGACGUUUCUCACGCGACCGCCUCCAGUUAUGGUUAACGGACGGUACUCGUGUUUUCAUGAUCGGACAGAUAUCUCAAGGUGACGACAACAGUCCAUACAGCUCCUUACUGUACACGAGCGAUGGCAAACUUUACUGCUUAUAUGAACAGAACAUUGAAGAGGUUUUCACUAUUUACCUUGCACGUCUUGUGGAUGAGAUGAAGAUGAUUAAAUGGGUUGUGUUGUUAUGGAAGGCACAGGAUACUCUGUUGGUGGGUGACUGCCUUUCAUCGGCUGGAGGAACAGGACCUUGUAGGGGGAUACCAGUUGGUGGCCUUGCCGGGUUGCUUUCGGGACCCGCAGUUGGACAUGUGUGGCCUGACGUGUACAAGUGCGUGUAUGCUAGUGUCAGCGGUGCCGUGGCUAACAAAGAUGGCGUGGUAUUGGGCGGAACCGGUAAGGACCGUGUGGUGUGGCCGGUUGGUGAGCAAGGGCAAGACCAACGGUACUACUUUGCCAACACCCAUUUCACAAUUGUGGCGACGGUGCAGUUUGGUGUGGUGCCUCAAAGGGACACUCCAUUAAUUGGGUUUGUGAAUGGAGAAAAGAAUGCUAAUAAAACCUUAAUGCUUUCGAUCAAGAAUAAGAAAUGGUUUCUCACGUACGGGAGGAUACGCAGCGAAGGUUCUCCGGUGCCGUCAAAUUUGGAAGGGUCUCACCAGAUUGCACUGACAUUGCAAGAUGGCUUGGUUACUGCAUAUGUUGAUGGAAAACUAGCGGUUGCGGCGAUUAAUGUGAGAAAAUUCGGUCGUGUCGGCUUUCUAAACAUUAGGCGUUUUUUCGUUGGAACUCCAGUGUCUAUUAGAACUUCAAGUCACACGACCGUAACCGUACACAAUGCACUCCUGUACAACCGAAGGUUGAGCGAAGGGGAACUACAGUUGGUGUUCACCAACAGAGAGGUGAUUCGUGCAGCCAACCCGACGACGCCGCCUCCCACGCCUUUUGAGUCUAGUGCUGGGGGCGAUGAGCAGUCACACGAUAGGGCGGGUUCCACGUUUGGUGUUCCUUUUCUUUCAGGAGGUUCGAUGUAUUGUGAAGGGGACGCGUUGGAGCGUGUUUACAUUUUAUUUAUUAUUACUUUAUGUGCACUGGCACUUUUUAUGUUAGUGUUGGUCUUUCAAAAGCAGUGGGACGGGGAUUCUACUAUAAUCUGA